ACUCGACCCGGUGUGGGUCAAAGCUAAGGGUAUUAUCGGUAUCCGCCCCUUGAUGCAGAAAGUAAAUUGGGGCUAAAUCUGAAAAUCUCUACACAAAUUUGAAGGCAAAAAUUAAAAAACAGCUUUGUGGAGUUCUUCAAUUAACACCGACAGAGGUAAAAAAAGGCUUCGUUGAAGACGCGAUAGGGAAAUCAGAAUCAUCGGGAGAUGUUUUCAUUGUUUUAUGGACUCUGGAAGUACAUGCUCAGCAAGACAGAGUUUCAUGUCCUUAUUCUUGGGAUUGACAAGGCUGGCAAAACAACAUUACUGGAGAAAUUAAAGGCACAGUACUCAAACUCGGAAGGCCUUCCUCCAGACCGUAUUGUUCCAACCGUGGGACUAAAUAUCGGCCGUGUUGAAGCGUCAAACACAAAACUCGUAUUCUGGGACCUGGGAGGUCAGCCUGGUCUUCGCUCCAUUUGGGAAAAAUAUUAUGAAGAGGCACAUGCUGUGAUUUAUGUUAUUGAUGCUGCUUGUCCGUCCCGUUUUGAAGAUUCGAAAUCUGCUCUUGAAAAGGUUCUUCGGCAUGAGGAUUUGCAAGGAGCACCCCUUCUCGUUAUAGCAAACAAGCAGGAUCUUGAUGAUGCUGUAUCAGCUGAGGAACUAGCACAAUAUCUGGAUCUCAAAAAGUUGGAUGAGAGAGUUUAUACAUUUCAAGCUGUUUCAGCUAUCGAUGGGCUGGGGAUUAAAGAAAGUGUAAAUUGGCUUGUAGAUUCUAUGGAGAGGAGUAAGAGGACAGAUCUGUUGAGAGUUCGUGCUGGAUCAAGUGUUGUCUAGAACUCAUAAUACAAUAUUUACGACUUUUAUGUUUUUUUUUUUUUUUUUUUUUUUUGUUUUUUUGUAAUUUCCUCUGCAAAUCUGGGUUUUGGUUUGGAUGUGUGAUUGGACUGGCACCAAUUCAGUAGAUAUAUAGCUUCUUUCCGUUUUCGUUCUUACGUGGAAGUUAAAAUUGCCAUGACGAAAA